UACAGAAAGAGGGCUCAAUGGCAUCAGCCAUAGGAUCUCUUGGCUUCGCCUCCUUCCUCAGGGCAUCAUCCAUCGCAUUCCGGCCGUCAAAUCCGCAGUCCGGAUCGACAAACCCCUCAUUCCGCGGGGCAGGAAUCUUUGCAAGGUUCGAGCGGCCACUGGAGGAGAUCUACAACGUACGAGUUGAGCGCGGGGUGUCUAAAGAGCGGCUGAGCGACCUGAGCGUGGAGCGGUGGUCAACUUGGAAGACCGGAAAAUGCCAGGUUCCAUGGAACUGGCACGUCGAUCAGCAGGUCUAUAUCGUCUCCGGCGAGGUUCGGGUGGUGCCGGAGGGAGAAAAGUCCGGCGAACGCUACAUGCGUUUCGUUGCCGGAGAUCUUGUACGCUACCCUAAAUGGUUCGAGGCCGACCUCUUCUUCAACGGGCCCUACGAGGAGCGGUACCGCUUCCGCGCCUAUGGAGAUGAUUGAAAGGGUUUGGUUGUCAUCCAUUUCUUGAAGGGCCUAAAUAUGACAGAAAAGAAUGCGAUAUGCACGUGGCUGGGAGCGUUCAUUAUGGGGAAAUGUCACUUGCCUUAUUCCUUUCAUCAUUCUCAUCUUAACGGUAAAUCAUGGAAAUGCUUGGUGAUGUCAGGUUGCAAGUGCCCAGUCUAUGUAAACGCUCAUUUAUUGAUCCUUUAAUGAGGCUUAGAAUGUUCAGAAAGGAACUAUGACAAUUGGGUUUAUGGAAGUUUGAGGAAUACGCACCACACCAUUCCUACGUAUUUACCAAUCCAAAGCCUAAACUUCUUACAUUUAUACCACCCAAAUUUUU